AUCCGGCCAGACUGUCGGUCCUGUUGUGUGGGGCGGUCAGCAGCUUGGUGUGCCUGUGCAUCUACCUGGCGGGCAAGGGGGGGGAGGGAGGAUCCGGCGGCAGCCCGGGGCUGGGCUCUGGACAGUGCCCGGUGCGGGGACUACCCGGCCGAGUUGUGCUCCGCUCUGUUCCAGGGCCGGCCGGCGGCCGCCGCGCUGGGUGCUCGCUGCGAGCGCCUGUACCCGGGCCGCCUGUUCGAGCCCCGCUCCCCCCUCAACUGCUCGGGGCUGUCGAGCGAGCCCUCGUCCUACAUCGGGCGGCCACUGUCGAGGGAGGAGGAAGAAUUCCCGCUGGCCUACAUCCUGGUGGUGCACAAGAACCUGCAGACCUUGGAGUGGCUGCUGAGGGCCAUCUACAUGCCUCAGAACAUCUACUGCAUCCAUGUGGACAAGAAAGCCCCCGCUGCCUUCAGGCGGGCGGUGGGAGACCUGGCCUCUUGUUUCCACAACGUUUUCCUGGCUUCCAGGGCCGAGAGCGUGGUCUACGGGGGCUUCUCCCGGCUCCAGGCCGACCUCAACUGCAUGCAAGACCUGGUCCUCUCCAAAGUGCCCUGGAGAUACGCGCUCAACCUGUGCGGCCAGGACUACCCGCUCAAGACCAACCGCGAACUGGUGCUCCUCCUCAAACGCCGCUGGAAGGACAAGAACAUCACCCCGGGCAUCCUGCAGCCCGACCACAUCAAGCAGAGGACCACGCACGUCCACCGCGAGUACAUCUCGCCAGCACAGUCGUACGUGGUGAAGACCGGCACCAGGAAGGCGGCCGGUGUCCCCCACGGCCUGAGGCUCUACUUCGGCUCCGCUUACUACGCCGUGACCAGGGAGUUCGUGCAGUUUGUACUGCGGGACCAGCGGGCCAAGGACCUGCUUCAGUGGUCCAGGGAUACCUACAGCCCCGAUGAACACUAUUGGGUGACUUUGAACCGCAUUUCAGAUGCACCAGGAGCAGAUCCCAAUGCUGAGUGGGAAGGCAGCAUCCGAUCCAUUAAGUGGCUGGACCAGACCAAAGUCACCCACAACGGCUGCAAAGGUCAUUACGUCCACAACAUCUGCGUGUACGGAUUGGGGGACCUGGAGUGGCUGAUUCAAAGGGACAGCUUAUUUGCCAACAAGUUUGAGGUUGACAAUCACCCUCUGGUGGCCGAGUGCAUGGAGCGUUGGUUACGGCGCAAAACGUUGUCUCAGUCGGAAGUCCCCAUUCAGCCAGAAUGGCGGGUUACCAAGAACAAGUGCUUCUUUGACAUCGAGGGUGACGACUGCAAUACCUGACCCCAUCUGAAGACCCUUGAGUGAUCAACAAUUGAAGGAAGUGCCCACUUACCUUCAAAACGUACCCGCCUUUCUAUCAGUUCAAUAGGAAAAAAAACGGUUUCUCCUGUUAUGGUCCAAGAACCUGGAGGCCGGGCGCCAACGUUACAAGAUGGCCGACAGCGACAGGGACCGCGACGCUCUCCCCGAUCCAACGGGCAGAGACAACUUCACCUGUUGGAGUUGUGGGACUGUCAGCCUGUCGAGGACGGGACUACUCAGCCACAGCGGGGUAGCAACUACAGAUGAAACAUUCCCCUCUCCAAAUCGGACAACGUCAAAGCCACACCAGCCUCUCUCGCAGAUGGAUGGAUGCCAACCUAACCCAACCCAACCGAACCCAACACAACCCCAACCCAAUACCAACCCAACCCCAACGCAACCCAAUCCAAUACAAACCCAACCCAACCCGACCCGACCCAUCCCAUCCCAACCCAACCCAGCCGUCAUUAAGCACGUGUGUAGGAAGGAACUGCAGAUGCUGCUUCAAAUCGAUGAUAGCCACAAAAAGCUGGAGGGACUCAGUAGGUCAGGCAGCAUCGGGUCUGGCAAAGAACAUCAUCUAUUUCUUCUCCCCAAAGAUGCUGUCUGACCCGCUGAGUUACUCCAGCACUUUGUGUUUAUCUUGGUCUUUAAGCACUUAUUCCUUUUGGAGCCAACACAACUAUUUGGCUUGCGUCCCCAGCCUUUGUCCGUUAAUGGGAAUUUUAUACAGUGAUCCCUCUGACAAUAGAAAUUCCUCCUCAACUCCUUUCUAAAGGUACAUCCUUUUAUUCUGAGGCUGUGGCCUCUGGCCCCGGGCUGAUCGCUGGAUGGCGUGGACUCGGUGGGCCUAAAAGGCCUAUUUCCACUCUAUAAACAACACUCGGUUACAGAGCACAAUCGGCAAUAACGGGCCCCAUCCUCCCCCCCCCCAGGUCCGAGGGUUUACUGUAUUUAUGUGUUCCUCCAAAUUUGCUGAACAUUAUUUACGAUUGGAUGUCUAACUGACCAAGUUAGUCGGCUCUAAAUAAUGCAGAAGAGCAGUCCAGAGCUCUCUGCUGUUCCUCAUCUGUUCCAAUGGUCAAUGCUUUAUUUGCCGCAGUGAAAUUCUGUUUGCACGCAUUACACAUGCGAGCGCCGCCAUUAUUGGCGCCAAUAUUCAGAGUCCGGUCGGCCCGCGCGCUCGAUGAACUGGAGCAGUUCCCGCCAACCGAUGUCCCUCUCCUGUCCUCUCCUCGCCUGGCCAUCUUUGUGUCCUGGGGGGGGCGCCUCUUGAAGGUGGAGGCAUCACCCCGGUUCACCCCCCCUACCAGCCCUUGCCCCCCACCUCCGACGUCCCCGGUUACGCCGACCGGCGAGCCUUUGGGCGGGUUCCCGGAGAGCGCGGCGGGCAAGUCGGGACUGCUUGGCGGGAGCGUCCCGGCACGCUGCUACGGUACUAAUCUCGGUUUUUCUAACAGCGGAGUAUUGUGGAAGGAACAGGCUUAGAACUUAACUUAGAAACCGGGCUGCUUUAAAUCCCUGUCCCACGGUACGAGUUCAUUCCAAGAGCUCUCCCGAGUUUGCCCUGAUUCAAACUCGGAGAUUUACGGUAAUGGCCACUCGUCGGUACUCGGGGCUCUCGUGGACAUUUUUCAACAUGUUGAAAAAUCUUCACGAGUCAUCCCGUGCUUACCUGCCGUUAGCGAGUCUUACCGAGUACCUGCCGAUCACGUUACAAGCCGGUAAGAGACGUACCCGCUACGUUCAUUCUCCGUGCUUACCACGAGUUUGAUUUUUUUUAAACUUGGGAGAGCUCUUGUAAUGAACUCGCACCAUGGGACAGGGCUAUAACUUAUUGUCUUUUUAUUAUGAAAGUCAAAUGGUAAAGUUCACCACAUUUACAAUUAUGAUUUUAAUGCAAGUUGUGGAUUUAUGUAAAUAUGUAAAUUAACAAAUUAAUUUUAUUGUUCGUUAGAAUCAGGGCAUUGCCAUUUUAAAAUUAUCUUCUCAUAGGUUAGUGAGACGAGAGAGUUUGAUUUUGUGCCUCGACUGACAGCGGUUGAACUGCUUGUACUAAUUGAGCACAUAAAUCUCAGCCAAACCUGAUUAAAAGUAAACAUUACGGGUAAGGAGUACAUACUGUACAGUAACACAUUGCUCUUAAAAAGCACCACUUAACGUGGAUAAACAACAUAAUGGCAGUUCGCAGAGGUGUAAUUAAAUGCGGAUGCAGCGCCAAGCCUUAAAUAAAUUACUCAAAAUAAUACAAAGUUUAGCUUUGAGGUCGGUCUCGAACAUCGAGCAUAAAGGUAGAGAUUUAGAGAGAUCACAGAGUGCAAAACUAAGUUCAUAAGCAGAAUUAGGCCAUUCGGCCCAUCAAAUCCCACUCCGCCAUUCAAUCAUAGCUGAUCUAUCUUUCCCCCCCAACCCCAUUCUCCUGCCUGCUCCCCGUCACACCUGACACCCGUAUCAAUCAAGAAUCAGUCUAUCUAGGCCUUGAAAAUAUCCAUUGACUUGGCCAGCUCAGACGGCUGUGGCAAUGAAUUCUGCCAUAGGUUGAAAGUGUGGGAGGUGGAGUAAGUCUAGUGUUUCUUUGUUGUAAAUCAACCAGGAUUGCAGACAAGACGUGUAGAGGUGGACAAAAAAUGCUGAAGUAACUCAGUGCAGCAUCUCUGGAGAAACGGAAUAGGUGAAGUUUCAUUUCAGAACCCUUCUUCAGACUGAAAGAUGAAAGUUUGAGGGGUGGGGUGGGAUCAGGAGGCAAGAAAAUGUGAGGAAUCUUUCAGUCGGAAGAAAGGUACCAACCCGUAACGCUACCUACUACUUUUCGCCAGAGAUAAGAGAUGGUCUUGGUGUUGUGUCCAGCACAGAUAUUGUGGGCUGAAGGUCCUAUUCCUGUGCUGUCCUGUUGUAUGUUUAAUAUGUUCUGUUGCUAUAAAGGUUGGGACCCUUCUUCAGUCAGGGGGAGAGGGAAACUAGAGGUAUAAAAAGGUUCACAACAAAUCAGAGCCGGCACAGAUGGCCAAGGAAAAGUGGAGCUCAUAAUGGUCCAUUGUUGGCUGUGGAGGAGGUGAUACCAAAGGGUAUGAACACAGUGAAACUAGGCGGACAACAAUGAAAGUAGUAGGAUGACUAGGGUAAGGGAGAGACGGUGAGAUAGGGGAUGCAAGGGUUACUUGAAAUUAGAGAGAUUAAAGCUCAUACCAUUGGGUUGAAAGAUGCCCAAGCGAAACAUGAGGUGGAGAAAGAUAGACACAAAAUGAUGGAGUAACUCAGCGGGACAGGCAGCAUCUCUGGAGAGAAGGAAUGGGUGACGUUUCUGGUCGAGACCCUUCAUCAGGCUGAUGUCAGGGGAGAGGGAGAUACGUAGAUAAGGAAGUGUAAGGUGUGAAAAAAGGGCAAGGGGAAUGGAGACCAAGGAAAAUGUAGAAUAGAUCAUUGUUAGGUGGAUGAAGUUAACAACAAAGAAAACAGGGAUAAAAUGGGUGAUGUUUUGGGUCAAGACCCUUCAUCGGAUUGAGAGUCAGGGGAGAGGGAGACAGAGAUAUGGAUGGGGAGGGUGUGAAAACAAGACAUCAAAAGAGAUGCGAACAAGGACAAUGAGGAUUAGAUCAUUGUUGGCUCGGAGAAGGUGACAAUGAAGCAAACAGAGAUAAAAUGUAGUUGGGAGGUUCAAGGAUAAACUAAAUUCAGAUUAUGAAGGAGGCAGGAAGCAAGGACACCAAAGUAGCCAGUGAGAAGGAGCAGAUUACGAUAUCAGAGUUUUUGGAUAAAUUAGAAUGUAAGGAGGUGAAACGUACUGGGAAAAAAUAUAUAAACUUUGCUCGUUGACA